AUGUUGACUCCGCAUGAAGUGCUUAAAACUAGUGGGCACGUGGACAAAUUCGCGGAUUGGAUGUGCAAGGACCCCAAGACCGGUGAAAUCUUUCGGGCUGACCAUUUGGUAGAGGAGGUGCUUGAGUCACGGCUGAAAGGCGAUAAAGAGGCGCGUGGCCAAAAGGUGGAGGUUGAUGAAGAGAAGGACGCCAAACGGAAGAGAAAGCCAAAGGAGACCAAGGCUGUUAAGCUUGAUGACGCUCUGGUCACAGAAUACGAGGAAAUUCUGGCCAAAAUUGAUAACUACAACGGUGAGGAGCUUGGGCAGCUGAUUACCAGAUACGAUAUCAAGAAUCCAGUUACUGGUGGAGACGUUCUUCCCCCGGUCUCAUUCAACCUAAUGUUCCAGACUUCAAUUGGCCCAAGUGGUGGUGUGACUGGGUACCUCAGACCCGAAACCGCGCAGGGACAAUUCCUUACGUUCCAAAAGCUUUUGGAUUUCAAUCAGCAGUCAAUGCCGUUUGCCUCUGCUUCGAUUGGAAAGUCAUUCCGGAAUGAGAUUUCACCCCGGUCUGGACUUCUACGAGUACGAGAGUUUUUGAUGGCUGAGAUUGAACAUUUCGUAGAUCCAGAGGGCGGAAAGAAGCAUCCCCGUUUCCAUGAAGUGCAGGAUUUGGAGCUGUCAUUCCUGAACCGGGAGGUCCAACUUUCUGGCAGCACCAAGGUGGAGAAAAUGACCAUCGGCAAAGCUGUCGCCGAGAAGAUUGUCGACAAUGAGACUCUGGGCUACUUCCUGGCUCGUAUCCAACUCUUCCUUCUAAAAAUUGGAAUCGAUGAAACCAAAAUCCGGAUGCGCCAACAUAUGAUGAAUGAAAUGGCUCACUAUGCUCAAGACUGCUGGGAUACAGAGUUAUUUACUUCCUAUGGUUGGAUUGAGUGCGUUGGCUGCGCCGACCGAAGUGCCUAUGAUUUAACCGUACAUAAAAACAGGACUGGUGCUUCUCUCUUCGUACGGGAGACUCGCGCUGAACCACUUCGGAUUGAAGAAUGGCAGAUAGACUUGGAUAAAAAGAAGUUUGGCCCUCGCUUCAAAAAGGAUGGUAAGAUUGUUGAGGCUGCCGUGAACGCUCUGACUCAAGAUCUCCGGGAGAAACUGUCGCUCGACCUUAAACAAAACGGCAAGAUCGAAAUAGACGUGGAAGGUGUUGGCUCUGGUAAGGUCGAGCUGGGCAAGGACAUUAUCAACAUUGAGAAGCGAACGCGAGUUGAGAAUAUCCGGGAGUACACUCCUAAUGUUAUUGAACCAUCUUUCGGAAUUGGCAGAAUUCUUGCAUGCCUGAUGGAGCACGUCUAUUGGUCAAGACCAAAUGAUGAGGCUCGUGGUGUGCUCUCCUUCCCACCAAUCGUCGCCCCAACAAAGGUCCUCCUGGUCCCACUCUCAAAUCACCCGUCAUUCCAGCCUCUCAUACAUCGUCUCACGCUUAAACUCCGCCGCCUUGGAGUGUCCAACAAGGUCGAUGAUUCGUCCGCAAGUAUCGGCAAGCGAUAUGCCCGCAAUGACGAGCUUGGAACGCCCUUUGGUAUUACUGUAGACUUCCAGUCGGUGAAAGACAACACCUUCACACUGCGAGAACGUGAUACCACGAAACAGGUUCGUGCCAGCGAGGAGGAGAUCUGCGAAGCUGUCAAGUCAUUGGUAGAUGGUGAGGAAGUCUGGGAGGAUAUCAAAAAAAGGCUACCUGAGUUUGUUUCGCAGGAUGUGGAGUAA